GGGAAGGAGGCGGUCUUCUGCUGAUCUGUUAAAUUCUUAGUGAAGUUUCCGUGAUUUCCAGUGAUUGUUGCUGUUGUGUGUGUGUGGUUUGGAGCGGGAGUGAGAUUAUCCUGACAUUUCUGGGAUUAUUUCAAAAAGAAAAGGAAGAAGAAAAAGGAAAGAAAAGAUUUUGUUUAAUUAAGUGGAGGCACAGAGAACAGAAAAAAAGAAAGCUGCUUUUCUCAACAUCACGUUCCUGGGUUUUCCUUCAGCCUGGAAAAUAUAUUAAUGACAGUGUUUUUUUUUCUCUGGGAACAAAGGAGCCAGUCCGAGUGAUAAGAAGGAUUGUGGAACUUGGAAAGAGGGAGAGAGAUUUAGAAACAGCUGUGAGUUCACUCUUCCAUGAAGUUUCUGUGUGUGUGUAUGACUGAGACAGAGACAAUACAGACCUGCAGGUAAAUGGAGAAGCAAAGCUUGCAAAGGAAAGUUCCUUUUGCUUUAUCUCACUUGACAAGAAGGUGAAAGAAAAAUAAAAAGAUCCGUAGGGAAACAAGAAUUUCCUGGAGGCUGCUUGGCUUCACCAAAAUCACUGAGGUGCAGCAAAACUACAUGGCAUUGCUCUCCCUGUAAAGAAAGGGCUAGGAUACACAUAUCUGGAAGAGAAACUUUUCUGAGAGUUGGAUUUCACAAUGAACUGGAUGCCAGUUCUGAGUUUAGCUGUGCUGUGGGCAGUGUGGCUAGUAUGUGGCUCUGAGAAGACCGUGAGGCUAGCAGACAGAGUAAGCCAAAGAGUUAGGAAAGCGCGUCCCACAUACAGGGCUAGCAGUGAAUUGCCCUCCCUCCUGAGAAAGUCAGAAGCAUCCCAGCAGAGCAGAAGCCCUUUGGUGGGGAAUCUCCAGCGUCCUGUUGCCAAGAGGGAUUCUCCAGUGUCAAUUAAUGUGCAACCCAAUCUUUUGAGAGCGGAAACACGCACCCAGGCAAGGAGCAUUGGGACCAGAAUGCGACGGGUGCAGAGGCCUACUGCUGCAGCCAAAUAUUCCAAAUCUGACAUGGUCAAGGAUGAGGGAACAUCUGCUGUGUCCCGGUCACGGAUGGUACGUUUCCCCUCAGGGUCCAGUUCUCCCAAUAUCCUGGCCAGCUUUGCUGGCAAGAGCCGAGUCUGGAUCAUCUCUGCCCCUCAUGCCUCAGAAGGUUACUACCGGCUCAUGAUGAGCCUGCUGAAGAAUGACGUCUACUGCGAAUUGGCUGAGAGGCACAUUCAGCAGAUCGUGUUGUUCCAUGAAGAAGGGGAGGAAGGGGGGAAAGUUCGAAGGAUAACGACAGAAGGGAAAAUCCUGGAGCAGCCUCUGGAUCCCAGCCUCAUUCCUAAACUCAUGAGCUUUCUGAAACUAGAGAAAGGGAAAUUUGGCAUGGUGUUGCUAAAGAAAACCCUACAGGUAGAGGAAAGAUACCCUUACCCUGUGAGGCUAGAAGCCAUGUAUGAAGUCAUCGACCAGAGCCCCAUCAGGAGAAUUGAGAAGAUGAGGCAGAAGGGCUUCAUCCAGAAAUGCAAAGCAGCUGGUGUGGAGGGGCAAGUUGUCGAAGAGGGUAACAAUGGAGCCAGCACCAGACCAACACCGACAGGUGGACAUGUCCAAGUGUCAGCGGGGAAGGAGGAGCCCAGGAGAAGCAAUGUUCAGCCAACGAGGACAAAAACAGUAAGAAAACCAGUCAUGACCACAGUAGCCCCUCCUCCCCCCACCACAAGGGCCACCACCAUCCCUCCCACAACCACAACAACUCGAACUGCCACUCGUGUUGUGACGACAGUGAGCAGACCUGUAACAUCAACCACAGCCCUUCCUACCACUCAGAGAAGCUGGACCACAAAGUUGCAUACCACUGCAAACUAUCAAAGGCUGCCUUCAGCUACCACCCCUCAAGCCACGACUACAGAUGAUUUCUACUCUCCUGUGUGGAAUGGGAACCGCAGAGACCGGCAGCAAGGCCAUCCAGAAAGACAUGUAGUUGCCACCCGGAGACCAAGCAAAACAGGCAGCUACAACAGCUAUACAGAGGCUCCAACAACUACCUCAGAGCAUUACACAAAAGUGAGCUCAGGCAGAUUCAAAGAGAACCGUACAGACAGGAAAGAUAACCACAGGGAUCCCCAUCUCACACCAGGUCAACACAAGCCAGCCAAAGCCAAGCCACCUAAAAAGAAGGCCCAAGAAAAGAUACUGAGCAAUGAAUAUGAGGAUAAAUAUGACCCAAGCAGGCCUCCUAUUCCCCCCUUGGAGGAAGAGAUCACGGCUAGAAAUAUCCCACCAAAGAAAGGUAAAGAGUCAAAGAAGCAUGACCUACUGGAAAAACCUGAGAAGAAAAAGAAAAAAGAGAGACCUGAUAAACUUCAAAAGAGUGAGAAGCCAGCCAAGAAGGACAAAGCUGAAAAAAAGAACAAGCAGGAUAAGGACCGCAGCAAGAAGAACAAGAAGGGGAGUAAGGCUGACAAUGAGGGGUUCCUGAAGCCAAACACAAAGCCUUUUGUUCACCCCCCAAGGAAAUCAGUGCUCAACCUCCUGGAUUUUUUUGAAGGCAAGAGACGACUUCUUCUGAUCACGACACCCAAAGCUGAAAAUACUAUGUAUGUGCAGCAGCGAGACGAAUACCUGGAGAGUUUCUGCAAGAUGGCAACAAGAAAAAUCUCAGUCAUCACCAUUUUUGGCACCAUGAACAACAGCAGCAUGAAAAUUGACCACUUCCAGCUAGAUAAUGAGAAGCCUAUGAAAGUGGUGGAGGAUGAAGACCUUGUGGACCAGCAGCUCAUCAAUGAGCUGAGGAAAGAAUAUGGUAUGACCUACAAUGACUUCUUCAUGGUGCUGACAGAUACAGACAUGAAAGUCAAGCAAUACUAUGAAGUGCCUAUAGCAAUGAAGUCUGUGUUUGAUUUGAUUGACACUUUCCAAUCACGAAUUAAAGACAUGGAAAAGCAGAAAAAGGAGGGGAUUGUCUGCAAAGAAGAUAAGAAACAAUCCCUGGAAAACUUCUUAUCCAGGUUGCGAUGGAGACGGCGCCUGCUGGUGAUCUCAGCAUCCAGCGAUGAGGACUGGGCCUUCUCCCAACAGGUUUCUGCCCUCAGUGGGCAAGCCUGUAAUUUUGGUCUGCGACAUAUCACUGUUCUCAAGCUGUUAGGACUUGGAGAGGAUAUCAGUGGUGUCCUAGAACUAUAUCCCAUCAAUGGGAGCUCCAGUGUUGAACGAGAAGAUCUUCCUGCCAACCUCGUGAAAGACAUCCGCAAUUAUUUCCAAAUCAGCCCCGAGUAUUUCUCCAUGCUUCUGGUUGGGAAAGAUGGAAAUGUUAAAUCCUGGUACCCUUCCCCAAUGUGGUCCAUGGCCAUUGUGUAUGAUCUGAUUGAUUCCAUGCAACUCCGGCGACAGGAAAUGACCAUUCAGCAGUCACUCGGCAUGCGAUGCCCAGAGGAUGAAUAUGGUGGGUAUGGUUACCAUAGCUAUCACCAGGGAUACCAGGAAGGUUACCAAGACGAUUACCGUCACCAUGAAAGUUACCACCAUGGAUAUCCAUACUGAAAAAAACUUAACCUUUGACUGACCCCAGCCCUCCUCCUAAUAUAUCCAACUGUGUGCGCCCAGACAUGGAAAUUCUUCCCAAGCUGCCUAAAUGUCCAUGUCUCUCUCUUUCAACAUUCAAUCAGAGGACUAAAUAAAGCAUUGGUCAUUGCAUUCUUGAAAAUGCACCGGCCUUUACAGUGAAAUAUUUCAAACCCAUAGUAUUCAUGCUUUAAGCAAUUCAGACACUUUUAUGAUUUUAACCCCUUGUAACCACAGGGCAUCAGCAAUUGCUGUUUGCUUGUAUUAAACACAACAAAUCUUUCUCGUUCUCUCCCUUUGGCCAUGGACAUUCUAAUGUAGGCAGGACACAAACUGUGUGAUAGACAUUGUAAGGCUUAUAUAUAUAUAUAUAUAUAUAUAUAUAUAUAUAUAUAAGCAUUACAAUAUAUAUAUAUAUAUAUAUAUAUAUAAAUAUAUAUUAUAUUAUAUUAUUUUUCAAAGAGAAAAACAGAGUAUAUUUAUUGGAAAAUAAGAAUUUUGUAUCAUGCUAAUGAAGACCUGCAGAGGAUUGCACCACGAGAAUUUCCCAAGAAACAAGAUUUUAGGAAAGAAGUACAGGGCAAGUUCUUUUAUAAGAAUUUUCUUUAAAUCCUUUUAGAAUAUCUGACUGCAUAAAAAAACUGCAUCUCUUAUGAUAAACCAGCUUUGCACUUAGGCAACUUCCAUUCAUCACCUUCCAAAAUGGAAAUGUGAGGGCUGUUAGAAGAUUUGUUAGAUACAGUGGAAAGUUCUCUUAACCCACAAACCAUGCCAGUUUAUCCUUUAAAUGGUGAUGUUGUUCUGUUGUGUCCUUUGCACAUGACAGUUGCAUCCGUGCUUGUCAGAGCUGUGCUUAAAUUAGAGCUGUAAUUUGUAGGGUUUGGAUUACAGAUGACUAAAAAAAAAAUUUUGACUUUCAGCAGGAAAAGGUUUUACUUGUUUUCCUUAAUGUUUACAUUUGCUUUUCAACCAGCUCUUUGUGAGGAUGUUUUUUCUGAAAAUGUCUUCUCUUAUGAUCAACUCUAGAGCUAAUCAAAACAGUGUGAGGAACUGUCCAGCUAUAUUACGAGUUCCUCUUGCUCUCAACAGAGUAAGAUAAUAUUUUUGCUUAAAUGUUUGUGAAUCUUUUGAAUUGCUAUUCAGCCAGCACCUAUCAUUCAUAUGAACAUAUUCAGUAGCAUUUUCUUACUGAGAUCUGUGGUAAACCCAAUAGAUUAGAAAAAUGGAGGAGCAGGCAGCCAAAGCACAACCUACUGUGUGAUGCUAAAUUAGUCACCGAGCCUCUUUGCACCAGUCCUGAUGAGAAGAGAACUAGGUAAGUGAAGGGCUUCAUUGAAAACCAAGUGCUACCCUUAGAAAAUCAAUCGCAAAAGACCAAGUCCCGUGUGUUAUUCUAGGCCAGGCUCGUGAGCAUAGGAAGAGACGAACACUACCAUGCAGCACGUGGUGCCCAGCCAGGAUUUAGAUUUGGCUUCUCCGGUGCUAGGAGGGCAAAUCAGUCUAAGGUGCAGUUGGAGGACUCAGCUUUCUAGGUAGGGAAAAGUGACUGGGUCUUACUGGGAAGAAGGUCCCUGGAAGGACCCAUCUUGUCAAGACUAUCAGCUGUGUAACUUCCACCUUCCAAGUGCCUGUACAUACAGCAGUACAGUAUCUGAAGGAGCGGGGGCAGGGAGAGGGAAGGGGACGUGGAAGACAGGAGAGAAUGAUAAAUGCAAUUAGCUGAACUAAAAGGUAUCUAGAAGAAAGCCUGUGAGGUCCUGUGGUUCAGCUUAAGAAAAUAAGUGCUGAUUGCUUUAGUGUAUCCAUGGUCAGCUGCUUAACUGUCUUGGCCAAAGGCAGAACCAGGAGUAAGGAAUGUCAGCUGUUCCUCUAACAAGGAAUUCCUUUAGACAAACAGAGAAGGAGGUGGCAUUUUUAGGUAUUAGUUUAAAAACCUUUCUGUGUCUUUGUGUUUUUUAAAUGACUGUUUAAAAAAGUGCCUAGUGAAUGACACUAGAUUAUGGCGUGUUUUAAAAGUCUGAUCAAUAAAAGCAAUGUUAGGUGAGAGAGAAGGGAAUAAAUGUAUCAAAAGAAAAAAUAUACUUGAAGCGAAUAGGCAAGUUCUUUAUAUUUGCCCAGGGAUUUCAAGUAAAAUUGUUUGUAUGCCAGUAAGGCGACUUACUCUUGGAAUAAAUUUUGGUGUUAAGCUCCCACCUUAAGGAGCCCAGCCAAAAAAUCCCCAUUUCUGAACAACUUGGCACCCUGAGGGUGAUCAUUUGCAAUCUAAAAUGGGGCUGAAUUUUGCAAGGAUUCCUCCUGAUAGGCCCCAUCAGACAACUUUGUUGAGGAACUAGGGCUGAAAGAAUAUAUGCUUUACUUAGCCAAGAAAAUCCUACAAAACAUUCAACUUUUCCCAAAACAAAAAAUCCUAAAGCAUUGUAAGUUCUGUAGUUUGAGUCUUCCAAGAAACCUAAACUGGGUCACCACCCUCAGAAAAAUCAGACACUGAGCCAUGUUCACUUAUCCAUCACACAGCCUUAAUCAAGUGAAAACCAUGUUUUAAUAGUUGUUAAUUUUAUAGAUAGUUUCUGAGUUUCCAGAUAGUUGCACUGUUCCUGGGAUUUGGGUUUUGGUCUAAGCUGAUUGUUUUCACUGAGGUUCUCCUUCUGGUACUAAGGCUGUUGUGCUUGGAUUCACAGUGCUGUUUUAACCAAUACUUUUUAAACAAAUGGAAGAUGAAAACAUCUGUCUUCAAAGUAGGUUUUGUAGAACUAUUUCCUCAAACCUGAAUGAGGAACCAACCAUUUUUCAACAGCUCUUAAGUUGAAACAUUUGUAAAUCUGGGCGCUCAAUAACAGCUUGGCGGCGUCUCAGUCAGGCUGUUCUCCCUGUCCAACUUAUUUGCUAAGAGCCACGUGGCAGACAGUGAACCUUCUGCUCAGCCAGUUCUUUCAUUCAGCACUCUAGUAUCUUUUGUGAGGGAAACAGAACGUGGUUAUGGAUUUGGAGGUAAACCGGUGACAUGAUGGAGGCUAGUAUGAAUACUCAACCACAGCUAUUGCAGGGGGUAAAACCCAUGCACAAAACAUGAAUCUGUUAACGAACCAAAGCUGCCUUCCAGCUGGCAAAGAUUUGCAAAAGCUUCCACUGAAAAUUCAUGGCUGAGACAUCCAACUGUACAAUAGUAUAUAACACUUCUAUAGAACCAUAGCAAGAAAGCACUCUUGAAUACUUCUGGUCAAUUUACACAUAUUUUUCUUAUGAGCCCAUUCAAAGCCUUUCCUGUACCUGGAUGAAGUUUAUGUCUGUAUUGCUGCACAGAGUAUUUCUGCUUCCCCCCUGCCAAUAUGUUUUGUACCCAUCUCUGUCCCAUUUAACACAGCCUCACUAAUAGUCCAGUACAGCUCAUCUGAAAUGAACAGGAAGGCUUUCAUUAGGGCUGAACUUGGCAAUAGAGAUAGCUGAGUUGAUUUAUCUACAUGCAGUCUCCCUAUGAUCAGGGCUGGAAGUUGCAUUUAAAUAUGUUUCCUAUUAAGUUCUGUACAGGUUCAAGCAAGCAGGAUUAUCUCUCUGUUAACAAACUACCAUAAAAAUAUAGAAAAGAAUGAGAUUGGUUGUUUAGUUUCACAUUUAAGUGUCACUUGUAAAGCGAUACCUUCUAAAUAAAUCACAACCAUAA